GUAGAUAUCACGUGACAAAGAGCUGACGUGUGCAGAAGUCCUUCUUGUUCUGGUCGUUGUUCCCGUCUGAGUACCAUCUCCUCACUUCCCUGAGGGCGAACGGGCCUGCAGCAGAGGGAAGGAAGAGUAGGGGAAGGAAAUUGUCCCGGAUCCCUGCAGCUCUGCGUCUAGUGGGUCCGAUCCCCUCCCGGGUUGCCAGUCUUUCGGUAAAUUGCGGCACAGCGCCAGGCAAGAGAGGAAGACAAUUAACCCGGAUCUGUGAAGGUCGAUUUGAAGGUCUGCUGUAGCAGGUGGCACCACUUGAAGCAAGGGAGGAAGUUUCCUCAGCUCCGUAGAGGUGCACCUCCAUUAUCAGCUGCUGGGGCCUUGAAGUGGCUGAAGACAAUUGCUCUCCACAGCUUUGUAGCCAGAUCCAUAGCCUUCCUUCCCCCAGCCUGAGUGACUACUGUAUUCCUUGGUCCCUGCUGUUGUCAGGGACGGUUGCAUGGGCUACGCCAGGAAAGUAGGCUGGGUGACUGCGGGACUGGUGAUUGGGGCUGGUGCCUGCUAUUGCAUUUAUAGACUUACAAGGGGAAGAAAACAGAACAAAGAGAAGAUGGCUGAGGGUGGAUCUGGAGACAUGGAUGAUGCUGGGGAUUGUCCAGGGGCCAGGUACAAUGACUGGUCUGAUGAUGAUGACGACAGUAGUGACAGUAAGGGUAUAGUGUGGUACCCACCUUGGGCCCGGAUUGGGACUGAGGCUGGGACUAGAGCUAGGGCCAGAGCAAGGGCCAGGGCUACCCGGGCUCGUAGGGCCGUCCAGAAACGUGCUUCACCCAAUUCAGAUGAUACUGUGCUCUCUCCUCAAGAACUGCAAAAAGUCCUUUGCUUGGUUGAAAUGUCUGAAAAGCCUUAUAUUCUGGAAGCAGCUUUAAUUGCUCUGGGUAACAAUGCUGCUUAUGCAUUUAACAGAGAUAUCAUUCGUGAUCUGGGUGGUCUCCCAAUUGUUGCAAAGAUUCUCAAUACUCGGGAUCCCAUAGUUAAGGAGAAGGCUUUAAUUGUCUUGAAUAACUUGAGUGUCAAUGCUGAAAACCAGCGCAGGCUUAAGAUAUACAUGAGUCAAGUGUGUGAUGACACAAUCACUUCUCGCUUGAACUCAUCUGUGCAGCUGGCUGGACUAAGAUUGCUUACAAAUAUGACUGUUACUAAUGAGUACCAGCACAUGUUUGCUAAUUCCAUUUCAGACUUUUUUCGUUUAUUCUGCACUGGAAAUGAAGAAACCAAAUUUCAGGUUUUAAAACUCCUUCUGAAUUUGGCUGAAAAUCCUGCCAUGCCAAGAGAUCUGCUUAGGGCCCAAGUGCCAUCUUCACUCUCUGCUCUCUUUAAUAGAAAGGAGAACAAAGAGAUUAUUCUUAAACUUUUGGUCAUAUUUGAGAAUAUAGUUGACCAUUUUAAGUGGGAAGAAAAUGAACCUACUCAGAAUCAGUUUAGUGAAGGUUCACUUUUUUUCUUUUUAAAGAGAUUUCAAAUGUGUGCUGAUAAAAUUCUGGGGAUUGAAAGUCAACAUGAUUUUUUGGUGAAAGUCAAAGUGGGAAAAUUCAUGGCUAAAGUGGCUGAACAUAUGAUCCUCAAAAACCAGGAAUAGCUUCCUGAUUUUGUAGUUUAGAAACAACACAUAUUGUACAUUAUUCCUUUUCCCCCAUUGUGUUUAUAUGGUAAAGGAAUCCUUUCAGCCACCAAUUUUGAUUAAUGAACUUCAUAUUCAAUCAUCAACACAGAUAUUUAUCCAAGUUGGUCUUCAGGUUUAAGCUGGAUGAAUAACUGUCACUACUAGUUCUGAAAACAUUUGUUGCUUUUCAUCUCACUGCUUAGAUUGAUUUUUUUACUGUUUCAUUUGCAUAAGUGACAGCAAACCAGUUCAUCAGAAGUAAGCUCUUUUCUGUCAUUGGCAUUGGCUUCAUUUGUGUAUCAUCAAUAAAGUCUGUUAAUGCUGAAAAGAAAAAAAAUAGGUGGAUUAAGAGAGAAAGCAACCAUCCUUGCCCUUUGGUUUACGACCUAGAUAGAAAGAUAAGAGACAUACAUACAACAAGAUAACUGAAAAUAUCUUCAUUGUAAAAUGUGUCCUGUCAGAGCACAGAGGAAGCACAGGCUUCUGUGGGAUAGUUCAGCUAUAGAUUCACAGAGGAAGUGACCAUUUGAAAAAAGUUCAGAACGGAGUAGGUGGUUAGAGCACUCUGGGAUGAGACUGAAUCACAUAUGUGAUGAUCAAGAUGUGCUGUGAGAAUGGUAAGAAGGUAGGCACUCUAAUUCUAGGAGAGUAAGCCUGAUCUGCUUAGAGCAGAGAGUUUAGGGAAUGAAAGCCCUUGACUUUGGAAAGAUAGUGAAGCCACUUUGUGAAAAGCUGUUUAAAUAUUAUCCCACUAUGCAAGAGCCACUAAGUAUUUUUUGACUGAAAAAAAGUCAUAUAAAUUCCUGCCCUCUCUUAUUGUGCAGUGUCCAUGAGGGUGUGGCAAAAUGGACCCUUUCAAGACCUGGUGCUGGGCAUGAGUUUACACUGGCACUCAAUUUGUGGAAGCCCAUUUGGUAGUAGGUAUCAUAAAUUUUAAGAUAUACAAAACCUUUGUCUUAAGGACAUAAUUGGCCAAAAACUGUAUGUAUAAGUCCUAGCACUGUCUACAGUAGCAAAGUGUCAGAAACAACUUAAGUGACUAGUACAUUGGGGUGGUUAAAUUAAGGAAUGUUUAUACACUAUAUAAUAAAUAUGUUGACAGUAUCUAUAUUGCCAGGAAAAGAUAUUCAUCAUGCAUUAUUAAGAAAGGUGUUUAGACAGCAGUAUCCAUAGCAUGACUCUUGUUUUUCUAAAAUAAUAAAGAAUAUCUUUAAAUACACACUAAAAUAUCUGGGCUCAAAGACACCCAAAUAACAGCACUUAUCUUUGGGUAGAAGAAUAACGAGCAUUCUUUACCCGUUUGUUUUAUUCAACUGUGUCUUAUUUAUCUGAAAUGAAUAAUGAUUUUAAGAAGUGCUUGAAAAAGAAAAGUAUUUGGAAUGAAACAAAUGAUUUAUUAGAGCAUGUACUGACUGGAAAAAUACUUAGAUAAAAAUGAGAUAAGUUGAAGUUUUUUUCUUUGAAAUGAUAUAUAAGUGGUGAAGAUGGAGCUUGGCAUGAAGAUUCAAUUAAAUAAUACAUGCAAAAUACUAAGAGUGUUUGGGCACAUAGCAGUUUAUCUAAAAAAAAGUGAGUAUCAUUAAUUGCUUAGGAAACAGGACUGAUUUUUUUUUCUGGUUGACUUUUGCCUGGGGCAUUCUGCCAUGUGUCGAUGUCAUUUAAUAAAUAAUAAUAACAACAAUAAAGGUUAGCAUUUAUUAAGUAA